CCUUUUGCACCUGGCGCAACAGUUCACCCACUGAAGCCUCCAGGAGUUCUUGCACUUUACGCGUGCACGUCAUACCCUACCAUGAGCGCGUCGUUUCGCGUUGCCCCUCCAGUUGCUCCUCCAACCAUUGUCAACCGUCAAAUCCGCCCACCAAAGCACCAGCGACAAGAUCGAGCAAGAAUCGCUCGACACCGCCACUUAUCGCAUGGCCUCCAAUUUCUAGUUACGCCUGUCUCCUGCGCAUGUCCUCCGGCCGCAAUGGAGCCCCCGGCAAAACGACGCCGUCAGGGCGCUUCCACCUUCAAAGCCGACGCAGAUCCCAGCAACGAAGCCGACAUUGACGAGCUGGCGUCCUCCCCUCCUCCCCAAGACCAGGGCUACCAGCUGGCCAUCAAACGCGCCCAGGCCGACCAAAAGCUUCAUGCGACAAUGGCGCACAUCAUUGAAAAGUACAGCCAGAAUUUCGACGGCAUCGGCGACGAAAUCGACAUGGAAACGGGAGAGAUCGUCGUCAAUAAUGGUCAUUUGCGCAGCAUGCGCCACGAGGGUGACCUUGGGGGUGGCUGCGAUGGCGAUGACGACGAUGAGGGCAUCCUACUCGAGGAUCUCACCGACGAAUGUUCCGACGGCGACCAGGAGGAUAUCAGUGAAGUCCAGGAUUCGGAGGAGGCUGACGACGAAGAUCCCGAAGAGGAAGUCUCCAAUGAGGCCGAAGGAGAUGAGGAAGACCUAGUCAUAGAGGGACGACAAAUGGCCAGCGAAUCCAACUCCAUAAUGCCAGUAGGUGGUCCUGCAGGAUUCAAUAUGCCGGGCGGUGUCACCGGUGCUCAACUAGGCGCCAUCGCAUCUCUUUUUCCCAACGCAUUUGGAGGAGGUCUUGUCAUAGGUUUUCUCCCUGCUUUCGGAACACCCCCUCAGGGAUUUGAGCCUCCCCAGUUGAGUAAUGGUGUCCCUACAUUCAACUAUGGUACACCUCCCAUCGGGCAGAGUCCGCAACCUGUAUUGAUGGGGCCCUGGGCCAUGCCAGGCGUGCUUCCUCCGCAGGCCUGGGGACAACCGGAUGUCCCCGUUCAACAACCACCCCAACCGAAGCAACACACCCCAAAGCGACAUACUCCCAAGUCCAAGGGGGAGAGAUACAAAUUCCCCACGCAGAAGGGCGACACUUCGAUUUGGGCCCCUCACUCCCGCCAGCAAGAUGACGAUAAACCGCUUGUCAAUCGCAAGCCCGGUAGACCCGCCAAACCACAAGAGCCAAAGCCGCCUGCAAAUGACCCAUCGAGCCAAAAUAGCAAUUGGGAGGAUAAAGAUGGGCCAGAGAGUGGCAGCGGCGAUCAUGGAGCUCGCAGGAAGUCUGGCCGAGUCAGGAAGCAAGUCGAGUAUACAGGGAAGGUUUCCUGGCUGGAAGCAAACAGACAACUGGAGCUUGAUGCAAACACAAGCAGUCAACCAUUAGAGUCGGGUGCGACAAGCCAGGGCAAUUCCCAGAGAAGCGAAGAAAAAGCCAGCCAAGAAAGUCGAAGAACGCCGAAGUCAGCUCAAACAGCCAAGAAAACCACAAAACCCAAAGGCACUGCCAAAACUGAUUUGGGGCGAAUUAUCCCAGAUUCGCAGGACUCCGCAACACCUCCAGCAAGCAGCGCUCCCCAGCCAUCCCAGCCGUCCCAACCAUCCCAACCAUUCCAGACAUCACAACCCAAGGGAGACCAGAGCCACACCAACAUAUUUGACAAUAGUGGCGUUAAUCCUGCCUUGAAUCUUUCCGACGACGAGGCUCCUCUGGCCCUCACGGGACACAGAGUUGGAGGAGCAAUACACAUAUCAACAGAACCAGACCCGGAAACACAACCACCCGACGUCAGCCUGGACGAUGGUCAGCAAGACUUAACCACAACCCCCAGUAUACCAAAGAAACGAAGCCCUGGUGGGUCAAAGAAAAUGCCUAGUUCCAAGCCCAACUCUGAGGCCAAAAGAAAAGCUGGUCGCCCGAGGAAGGUCCCCGGGUCACCUACCAUCUCCCUAAGCAGGGAUAUAAAAUGGCUGCAGAAGGCAUCCCAGAACUCGCCCCAGGCUAUGCUUACACCAGCUGUACCUGGCACGGCAGAGGCGACUACACAAGAGAAAGGUGCUGGAUCCGGAAAGAUGCUUCGAUCGGCCAAGGCGAGGACUUCCCCCAAGUCUCGCAAGACUGCGGUAGAGAAGCCAAAGGAAACUCCGGACGCAAACCUGGCAUCUCCGGCCCUAAAGUCAACCCUUGUGAUACCAACGCCCAAGGAUGAGGCAUCCUUGGGCAAGGGAGACGACCCGCGGCCUUUAGCAGCUGAAAAGAUACCACCUCCGCAAACAUCAACCCCCAAGCGGAAGAAGACCCCCUUUCACGAUAUUUCGCACAACACCCCACAGAGGCCUUCCCCAACGCCAUCCCAAUCCUCAAAACCCCAUACUCCUCGCCUCACUGCCAUUCGCACCACCCGGGCCCCUUCUUCCCGCCGCUCUAUCCUGUCCCUCGUCUCGGCAGACUCAGACUCCGAGAACGAAAACGACGAGCUCGGCCGAGGUUAUUCCGCUCGCCCAUCCAUCUCCCUGCCGCGCAGCUCCGGUGCUUCGACCAUCAAGACCUGGCGAUCGAGCACUCUAACGACCGAGACUUUCCGUACGCCCAUUAAGAAGCGCUAUGGCGAGCCUAUCAGUCCAGGAAGUGUGGUUAAGACGCCAGGGGGGACUGUCAGAGCCUGUGGGGUCGGCGGGUAUCAAUGCAGACGUGACUUUUGCUUCAGUUGCUUGUAAAGAGCGAGUUUACAUGCGGAAUACCUAGGUAGGUUGCAGGGUUGGCUUGUCACAAUAUCACACAUCUAGCUCGAAAGAGGUGAUACUCUGGAAUAGUCGGAAUUAACAGGUGGGCAAUAUGAUGAA